AGAUAAUACCAAUCGAGCAAGCCUGCUUCAAUCCACUACAAGUAUGAACAAAGUAACGUUCCUCCUUUCAUAGCACGCAGCAUUGCAGCAGAAGGAUUUACACUCUCGUUGGCGGCAAAGUCUCUCUUAUCCAGCUAGAACACAGCCAGCGGCAACAUGAAGUCUUCAUCAUUUGAAUCAUCGUCUUCUCUGUCGCUAAAAUCCGCAAGCGACGUGCAACUAACAAGUAUCAUCGAUGGAAACUCUCAAGAGGCUGACAUUGGGACUGUCCCCUCUAAGCAACUUCUUCGAAAGGUUGCUGCAAUCGCAUACCUAUGUGGCGUGAGCGUUACCAGUAGCGCAACCAAUGGCCUCAUAGUCAUUGGACUCCCCCAACUGACAGAAGAUCUCCGUCUCCCUCCGUCUCUCGCCUUCUGGCCAUCGUCAGUUCAGGGACUGGCCACUGCAUCAACACUGCUGCUCACGGGCGCUAUUGCUGAUGUCGCGGGACCACGACCAGUGAAUCUGCUGGGAUGCAUGCUCAAUUGCAUCUUCAUGCUUACCUGUGGACUGGUCAAGAGUGGCGAGGAAUUGGUUAUCUUGAGAGCCUUACAAGGCGUCGCCACUGCGUUACACUUGUCUAGUUCUGUGGCCCUUGUGACUCAAGUGCAGCCGCAAGGGCGGGGACGCAACUUAUCCUUUGCUUGCCUAGGAUUAAGCCAGCUGUUAGGAUUCUCAGCUAGCCUAGUUGUCGGCGGUAUAUUGAUCGAUACUCUUGGAUGGCGAUCGGGAUGGUAUUUAUGUGGUGGCCUUACCUUGUUGCUCCUCGCCAUCGGGUGGUGGGCCUUGCCAAGAACCUCAUGCCUCAGCGCAUCACGAAAGGCACUGCAAAGUCUGCAAGUGCGAGUCGAUUGGAUUGGCGCAUUUCUCGCAUCGGCCUCUAUGAGUCUACUGACAUACUUUUUGGGGUUCGUUGCCGUAUAUCCCUCUCCAUCUGUGUAUCUGCUAACGAGAAAACAGCGUCAUAAGCACUAA